GCAGCCUCCCUCCGCCUCGGACGUGCCCUCUCUGCUCCUGCUGCGGCGAACUGCCUUGAUCCGGCGGACUUGAGCGGACCCCCUCAGACGAGAUGAGUGCGGAGGACACCGACGUGGACAUGAAGGACGUGGAGCUGAAUGAGGUGGACCAGGAGAAGCAACCGAUGACGGGAGGAGGAGGAGGAGGAGGAGGAGAUGAUGGGGAGAACCGGGAUGCUGCGGAGAAAAACGGCACCGUUAACCUCAAAAUCCCCGCAGAUGAGGAGGUCCGGUUCACCGGCCUGUCUAAAGAGGAGCUGCUCAGGGUGGCUGGGACGCCGGGAUGGGUGCGGACCCGCUGGGCCCUGCUGUUUCUGUUCUGGCUGGGCUGGGUGGGGAUGCUGGCGGGGGCCGUGGUCCUUAUCCUGCAGGCACCGCGCUGCAGAGACCUGCCCACCAUCGACUGGUGGAACCACGGACCCCUCUACCAGAUUGGAAACAUUCAGGCCUUCAGCAGCACCCAGAACCUGAAAGGUGUAGAGGAGAAGAUGUAUAACUUGGCCAAGCUGAAGGUCAAAGGUCUGGUGGUGGGACCCGUCCACGUGGCCCCGAAAGAAGACCCCAUGGGCCUGAGGUUCGAGGAGGUUUCCUCAGCAGUCGGCACCCUGGAGCAGUUUAAAGGGCUGGUCCAGGCUGCACACAAAGCCAGUAUCUCUGUGAUUUUGGAUCUGACUCCAAACUACCAGGGAACUAGACCUUGGUUCUCCAAUGUCAGUGUGACAAACGUGGCUGAGAGACUGAAGUCUGCCCUGGUCUUCUGGCUGGAUCAGGGUGUGGAUGGGGUUCAGCUGGUUGGGGUGGAACACGUGUCCAGCGUGGUUCCGACUCUCUGGGCCGACAUCCGGACCAUCAUCCAGAAUGGUACGGAGGAGAGAACCAGCCGGAGAGUACUGAUUGGUGUAACAGAGAGGUCGUCAGCAGAGGAAGUCUCCUCCCUCCUGUCCUCCACGGGGGUGGACCUGCUGCUGUCGAGGGUACUCCAGUCCAACAAAGACGCCAUUGAGCAUGCUCAGUCCAUACAGCUCCUGUACUUGGCUCAUGAGCAGACCAAGCUGGCCUGGAACCUCGGGAGCCCAGCGGGGGGCCACCUGGCCUCUCUGGAUGGACCAGCGCUUGUCAAACUCUAUCAGCUGUUCCUGCUUACCCUUCCCGGGACGCCCGUCUUCAACUAUGGAGACGAGAUUGGUCUAGGUGACCAGUCUCCCAUGAUGAUUUGGGAUGCUGAGGAACCAGAAGAGCUGAAUGGAACUUUAAAGGAGGAGAGGGAGCAGCGGCGCUCGUGUCUGCAGGUCUUCAAGACUCUCAGCGAGCUGCGAGGGAAGGAGCGCUCCCUCCUCUUCGGAGACUUCCUCCUGCUCUUCAACUCCACCUCCUCCCUGGCCUACCUACGCUCCUGGGACCAGAGCGAGCGCUAUGUGGCCGCCUUCAACUGGGCGUCCGACCCGGUGACCUUGGACCUGAGCCAUCCCGACCUGCCCCGUCAGGCGCUGCUGGUUCUGAGUACCGACAGCGACUCGGUGGCCGAGGACGCCGCCGCCGUGAAGCUCACCGGCCUGCAGCUGGGCCCGGGCCACGCCGUUCUGCUCCAGUUUCCCUACUCACCCUGAACGUGGGCCUUGAUGUUAUAGCCAGUAGUCUUUCUGUAAUAUGUCUAAGAUUCACAUUAGGAAUCAGGAACAUUUUAUUUGUCAUUUCAAUUUGUCAAUAUCGUGCAACACAAAGCCCAAAACUACAAGAACUUCAAGAACACACAUAUCUAAACUAACACAUAUCUAAACUUUUUAAAAAAAAAUCACUGUCCAAGGGAAAGGACGCCAGCCAGGAUGAACUGCCGACGUUAAGAAUAUUUCGAGACACCUUUUUUUAUUGCUUGGAUGAUUCUGCAACGUUAAUUUUUUUCAAAAUAAAAGUAGUUCCAAAAUAAUACAUGUCUCACUUUCAAAAUAAAAGUCGUUUUAUAACGAGACCACCAUACGUUGUGUAAAACUGCUGAGCCCUGAGAGCUCCUGGCUCCACUCUGCAUAACUGGAGUCCACUGACUUCCGGUUUCUACUGCAGCGGUCAUACCAGUUUCCUGUUUGUUGGCGCGUGCUGUUGACAAUGGCAUAUUUUUGGCGACGCCUGCGAGAUUUACCAUGGAUAAAUGUCAACCACAUGCACACGACUGUCCACACACUUCCACCUGCACCUGCCAGCACACGGCGAAAAGGUUCAAGUUGUACAUGUCACGUUACGCCCAGACGGACGUAAAAGUUUGUAGAAACCGGAAAAGUUUGGAGAAACCGCCAGCAGAAACCGGAAGUCAGUGGACUACAGUUAUGCACAGAGCCGACUGUGGACGACUGGUAAGUCAUUCAAGUUCAAUCAUCAAUGGCAUUUUCAAUUGACUUUUUUUGACGUUUUAUUAUUUCCUCUGGUUUCCAUUUGAGUUAAUAGUAGUAGUCAAGACCGUUUCCACCAGGUACAGUUCUGUUACCUGAGCCCGGGAUCGUCUUCGUGAUGGUAAAACGUGCUAUGAUGACGUGUUUGUUGGUAUUCCAUGUUGUGCCCUCGAUCAACAGAAAGCGAAUAAA